CUCAGUAGCGGCGGCUAGGCCGGCGAGCGGGGGGAACAGCGUCACCUCCAGCACCAGCGCCGCCUGCGGCAUCGAGGAGCCCGACCCCGCCCCGCCCCUCGCCCCCGGCGCCGAGGACUGGGCGCGCAGCAAGAAGCACGCCGACGAGGUCCUGCUCCUUGUGCUGCCGCCAGAGCCCAUAGCUCGUGUUCCUCAGGAAGAAGAAGAAGACUGUGACUUGUGAGAGGCCGUCAGGUACUGCAGUAAACUGAAAAUGUUGAAGCUACAUCAGGAUUAACACUUCAUGAUCAUGGGAGUAGUAGUACUGGGAGUACACAAUUUAGUUUUACUACUACUGUCAACAUUCAGUUUUGACCGCAAGUGCUUGCAAAUUCAGUAACUUAAACUGAGAUGGGAUGGGAGGUGGAGGUGGAGAGGAGGAGGAGGAGCAGGCGGCGUGGGAUGGGAGGGGUGGUGGUGGAGAGGAGCGGCAUGGGGCGGCAUUCGGUCCGGAGAGAACGAGGAAGGUGGACCUCGGGUUUGGUCGGGGAAACGCUAAGGACUAAACUGCAAAAAAGCCAUGGGGACAACUAUUCUCGGACGGAGGGAGUAUCUUUUAGCAAAUUCAUAAGUGCUGCUGAAGAUGGGUGUUUGUAUGCUGGUCAAUUAUGUGCAGAAAACUGCAGUCAAUUAUCUUACUAGACCCAUCAGGUUCUUUCAUCAAUUGCAAGAGUUAUUCUCUGACCAGUCCCAUGCUGAUGGCUCGUUUGCAACUGACCAAACCACUGUCAAUGUGGAUGAUGACAGUGAUGACAGCGAGGAAUUGAGGGAACUUGAGGCCAAUCUAAUUCCAGUAGACAGUGAUGAAGCUGACUCUGAUACUAUUGAUCGCCACAGUCCAAAAGUUGACUUGGAAGGCAAUCCUUUAAUUAAGAAGCGCAAGCAUGUGUCAUCUUCACCUUCCAAGAAGCCAACUAAGGGGAAAGCAAAAAAGAAGAACAAGAUAUCUAAUGAUGAUAUGGCAGCCGGUAUCAAGAAGCUAGCUGACUCUCUUGCAUCUCCUAUUGUUUCCAUGCAACCAAUGCCACCUACAGAUCCAUAUGCAAACCUUUGGAAGCGGAUAAAUGCCCUUACCAUACCAGCUAAGGAUAAACUUGAGAUUGUAGCAUAUCUAUCCAAGCCAGACCAAGAUAUCUUCCGUAGUUAUCUCAACUAUGCUGAUGAAACGAUUCUUGGACAGUGGGUCCUUAGCUUCUUCGAGCCUCGGUUUCAAGAAGAUGGUGGCAAUGGUGGAUCUGCAACUGCUCACUGAAUGGCCAUAUAACUAGAUAGAGUUUGUGGCUUCCUUUUGUUUAUAUCGCUAGGAGCAUGGGUAACAUACAUCAUGCAUAUUCUGUCUAUAUAGAGCAGGCUGGGUGCAUCGUAUUUUGUUUAUAUGGAGCAGACUUGGUGCAUGCCUGACUUGUAUGACUUCAUGGUCUGGUAAAGACUUGGUUACUAUGUGAAUUUUAUUUAGCCUCCUUGAUUAAUCUGAUGUAUCAAACAUUAUGAGUUAUCUAAUGUAUUAGCUGAACCA